CGCACGUUGUCGUGGUGGUUGCGUCAGACAGAAGUCUGUUUGGAAGAAGUCGACAGUAGACGUGUUGUUGUGGACAAGUUUUAAAGGGUUGGAAUAGACGAGUUGAAGGGCUACGACCUUGAUUGUCAGAAGUGACCUCAAAAAUAAAGUUAAUAAUGGCAGAAAGCGAUUGGGAUACCGUAACCGUGCUAAGGAAGAAGGGCCCGACCUCGGCGCAGGCCAAAUCGAGACAGGCAGUUGCAGCAGCCCAGAGAAGAGGGGAGGAGGUUGAAACAACAAAGAAAUGGGCGGCAGGACAAAAUAAACAGCAUGUAGUGACCAAGAACACAGCCAAGCUUGACAGGGAGACUGAAGAACUUCACCAUGAAAGAGUUACUUUGGAAGUGGGGAAAGUUAUCCAGCAAGGGAGACAAAGUAAAGGAAUGACACAGAAGGAUCUUGCUACUAAAAUUAAUGAAAAGCCACAGAUUAUCGCAGAUUAUGAAAGUGGUAAAGCAAUUCCCAACAAUCAGGUUCUGGGAAAGAUUGAAAGGGCACUUGGCCUUAAACUGCGUGGAAAAGAUAUUGGAAAACCCCUCGAAGCAACACUGAAAACCAAAUGAACACAAAGCCUCGAAGUCAGUUCUGCUGCAGUGGGCUGAUCUCACCUGGUUUUUCCUUCCUGGUCAAAACCAGAAACAUCCUCUUAUUGCCAAGCUGAAUGUUGGAGGGUUUCAGACAUGUUUUGAAUAACAUUAAUAAUACCUGUUGCUCUCAUAAAAAAAUAGACAUUUUCAGUAAGGAAUGGACUUUUUGGGAAGUAUAAUCUGCUGCUUUCAGGAAUUUUACUGUUGCAGUUUAAGUCCAAGGUGUUUUUUUUUUUUUUUUUUUUUUUUUUUUUUUUUAAAGUAAGAAUUCCAUUUUAUCUUUGCUCUGUAGUGUCUCAUUUCUUUGAUUUAUAAAUCUGCUUUUCCUCAGCAGGGACACUUGAAAACACUUUGUGGAGAAUUAACAAAUAAAGUUGGAACCUGUUUGGCAGUA